CUGUGUGCAGGAAUGUGCGCAUCCUUCUGUUGAUGCGUCUCUAAGGUAACUGAGCAGAGCGCCACACCAGCAGCCUGUUAUUCAGCACUCAGCGUUUUAUUACAGAGCUACAUUAGAACAUUAGAACCUCAAAUCGUGCGCGAGAAGAACAAUGUCGACCCCUCACUCGGUGAAGCGGUGGCAGCUCAGCGGGACGGACUAUGAACCGCAGCGAGGCCGCAGCCUGCAGUCCGGAACCCGCUUCAGCACCUGGACCCCCCUGAACAACAGGACGAGCAACCUGCAGUUAUUUGAGGAGAGGAUCAACCUUGUGCUGCACUGGUUUGACCUGUGGACUGACAGACAGAGGAAACACCUGUUGCACACUCUGCUCACACGAUGCACCAAGUCCCAGCUCAAGUUCUGCAAGGAUUUGCUGAUGGAGACGGUUCCUGUGACUCAAGUGGACUUCACGUCUGUGCUGCCACGCUUCUUGUCCCUGUAUGUGAUGUCGUUUCUGUCCUCCCGUGAGCUCAGCUCCGCUGCCCAGGUCAGCUGGCACUGGAGGGUCCUUGCUGAGCAGGACUGUCUCUGGGCCGGCCGCUGCAUCUCAAGAGGCUGGUUCCUUCCCUACACUCCUGCAGAGAAAGAGUUUGGAGCGUGGAAGAACCACUAUGUCUCCUGCGUCUCCACGCUGGACUGGCUCACCCCCAGGGAGGCGGCCGAGCAGUACGGGACCCUCAACCAGCACAGCACGGGGAUGACGGAGGAGGAGGAGGAGGAGGAGGAGGAGAGGAGGAAGGAGAGGAGGAUCAGACAGAUGAUCAGAGACAAACUACAGGAGGAGAAGAAACACGCUUUGAGAACCAGGAAAGCCUGGGGCAGCUACACCAAGCCAGAAGGAGGCAGAGGUGGAAGAACUCAGACAGGGAGGCGCGGCUCUGGAAUAGCAUUCAGCUCUUGGCCCUCUCUCUCCUGGCCUCCGAGGACUGUUGGGUCUCCCAGCGUCUGUCUCAGCCUGGACAGGGGACAGCCCAUGACUGCAGCCCAGAGCUUGGAGGGAGUCCAGACCUCCAUUCCUAGCAGUGAAAGACUGAGCAAAGCCAGAGGAGCGCUUUCCUCCUUCACCAGCAGCCCUCCACUGCCACACAACCUCUGCGUGACCCCUCCUGCCCUCUUACUGCUGAUCUCCAACAGGAUUCCUGCCUAUGAGUUGGUGCUGAGUGGCGUGAAGGAUGGAGUGGUUGUGGUUCUGUACGACCACAGAGGGGCUCUCUCAGCUCUGUUAGCCCAGGUGGAGAGGACUAUUUCUGGGCAGAGAGCUCAGAGGCUGGGCCUGCUAGCUCCAGGAGGAACGGAGGAAAUCCAUCUGCUCCAUGGUCGUAGCCUGUCAGAGAAGACAUUACUGAUCCCCGACCAUAGAGAAUUCUGGGAAAAGCUGUGUGGCUGGGUGGCACCAGCUGAGGAAGGAGGAGGGAUUGACAUGUUCUCCCCGUUGGCUGCAUCUGCAUCGGGAGUGGCUCUCAUGCACGCUCUCUCUACUCUGACGGGUCUGGAGGUUCUGGCGCCUAUUGGUUUUGCCACCGGAAGUUUCCAGAACAUCCUGAGUGAGUGGUCUGACGGUAGUGUGUGCACCGGACUCUCGGAGCAUCAACCAGACGCCCCGCCACUGCAGUUUGUGUGUGAGAGUGUACUGCUGGGCUGGUGCAGACAGGCUCAGUGGAUGGAGGAGGCUCUGGGGGAGCUGAAGGGCUGCCGGGGGCCGCAGCUACAGCGCGUCAGCCUCCAGGCCAGGGGCCGGGCGCUGGGUCAUUUUCUGUGGGAGAAAAUCUGCCUCGAGGAGCUGUGUGUGUCUAAAGAUCUAAAUGAGGCUCUGACGGAGGGACUCACUGCUCUCACAAGACAGGAAGAGACCAGACCUCUGGAGUUUCUUGCCGCCUUCCUGACAAGAUGGAGUGAGGAGAAGGAGGGAGAAGAGACUAGUGGAGGGAAGAAGGGGAGAAACAAAGGAGCAGAUGAUUUCUCAUUGGCACAACACGACUCAAAGAAAUGUGUCGGCCUGAUACCUGAGCUACCACAGAUAGUGUUCGAUUGGAGAGGUGCAGCUGCCAGAGAGCUCCACCACAGCGAGUGUCUUUAUCUGGGGAGACUAGGCGCUGUGCUGAAGGUGUACCAGGAGCCUCUUACAGCAGCUCUCAACUCCAACAGAGCCAUCCUCAGCUACGCUGACAUCCACAUUGUCCUCAGCCCUGUCACACAAAUACUGGCGCUCAACAGGGUGUUUCAGGCAGAUUUACAAGCCAGGCUGCAGCAGUGGGGUGCAGAGCAGUGUGUUGGAGAUGUGCUUGUAAAACUGUGCUCAAAACUCAGAGUUUACACCAACUACCUCAACAACUACACCACCGCCCUCAGCACCAUCGACAAGUGCAGGGAGACGAAGCCUCCGUUCCGGGCUUUCCUGAAGAGAGCAGACAGAACUCUUGCAACACACAUGCUGAGCCUGCAGGAGCUGCUGCUGUGUCCAGUGUGGAGGAUACAGGAGUAUGUGACUCUGCUUCAAGUGUUGUCUUUGCACACACACACCGGCCACCCUGACCACACGCACCUGUGCUCUGCCCUCAGCACCCUGCUGGGGUUCAGAGAGUUCAUACAGAAGUUGAAGCGUAACUCAGAGAGAGACAGACUGAUGGAGGAAACGCAGCAGAUGAUCCAAGGCUGUCCGAGCCUCAGUGAAGGAAACAGGCAGCUGAUAAUAACACAGGAUGCUGCUUUACUCAGGAGCCCUGAUGAACAGAUUCCUGAAUCACUCAGGACCUUCGAGCAGGUGUCUGAUGUGGGCCUGUUUCUGUUCAACGACGCUCUGGUGCUGACGCGGCGAAACGUGCAUCACACACCGUUCACGUUGGCUCACCGGAGCACACACACUUUCAUGGCCUCUGUGGCUCUCUCCAGCCUGGCUGUCAGAGCGAUCACACACUCGCGCUAUGUGCGUCAUGCUUUUGUCCUGGAGGGUCCUUGUCGUUCUUGGGUUUGUGCCACAGAAAGAGGAGAGGAGAGAGAGCACUUCCUGUCUGUGCUGCGUUCAGCCACAAGCUCUGCUCUGACUGGACACCAGUGACGGCGCCGUGACGACGAAACACCGGCAAGACAAGAAGAGUGGCUGGAUGAGCGGCUGGCGGCUGACUCUUGCUCUGCGGCCCCACGUUUGCUGCCGUGCUGUUUGUCCCUUUCUGGGAGCCGUAGCCCUUCGGUUUGGGGAUUCUCGUAGGUCCCGGUCGUCGGAAUGCUUCUGGAGGUAUCUGUGGAGAAACAUUGAGAAACAAUGAAGUAAAGUGGGGAAACGAGUGACUUACAGCAAAGAAAAUGAGGAAGAAGUGGGGAGAAUACACAGUAUAGAGGGGAGUAUUGUGACUUUCUCCACAAGCUGAAUUGUUUCCAGUAGCCUCGUAAAGAUCUGAUGCAAUACUGAUGAUGACCACUAGAUGAUAUCAAAUCAUAUUUUAUGGGCAGUAAAUGACCACAGUGCCAAACUGUUACUGCAUGACUGCUGCACCUUUUGUCUUUUGGAUGACAAAAAGCUAAUUCAGAUUUUGACAUGAAUGAAAACGAGGCCUCUGCAUAACAUAAUUAAAAUGCACAACAUCCUUUCAACCAUGUUGCAUAUUCUUACAUGUUCUGUAAAAUGUGAUGAACAUUGCAAGCUACAAUAAUUGUGUUUUCUGUUGUCUGUCUUAUGUACAUCAUUUAGUGUCCUUUACCGGCUUUAACGUGUAACGCUGCUACAAUCACUCGAUUAAUCAAUUAAAUGAGCAAAAGAAAAUUUAGCAGCAACUAUUUUUAUGAUCUUUUAUGAUGUUUUUUUUUCUAUUCUCUUACAUUUUAUAGAAGAUGAAUCAAUAAUGAAUAAAAGUUGUUGGUUGCAGCCCUCGGAAUUAUUUUGUUUUAAAUAUUUACCUCCUUUACUGUAUGAAAAACUAAGAUUUCUGUCUUGCCGAUUAAAGACGGGUUUUUUUCAAAGCUGUCCCUAAUAUUUUUGUUUAUCUUAUCAUCAAUAACUGCGUGUUUGUUGCCUAGAAACCAGUGUUUGUCCUUCGGG